AUGGGAGAUGGGCUACCAAGGCCAUCAGGGGGGUUCACAGCAUCCUAUCUGUUCCAGAUGCCAUCAGAGGCAUUGGGACGAGGAGGUAACCAGGCACCUCGAGGUGGUCACCAGAGGGGCACCCCCCAGGCGUGGGUGUACUCGCUUAUGCCAAGAGAUUUGGAGAAUGCCGGCAACGUGGUGAGAGGUGUGACGUACUCCUUUGUUUCUCAGGGAUUGGUUAAAUUGUGUGGGGCAGAGACUCAGUUGUUAGAUGCCGAAUUAGAGGUGGUCACACCAACAGGGUUAAUUGUUGUUUGUAGUAAGGUGAUCAUAGGCUACCUGGUGGAGAUUCAGGGGAGGAUGCUACCUACUAACUUGAUUGUUUUUGACAUGCAUAGGUUCGACAUCAUUUUGGGAAAGGAUUGGCUAGCAUCUAGUUCGGCGAGCAUUGAUUGUCAUAGGAAGGAGGUAGUGUUUAGACCUCCAGGGGAGCAAGAGUUCAAAUUCGUUGGGUUGUGUGUGCGGUCUGUACCACAGAUCCUUUCAGCAAUUCAGGAAAAGAGGUUGCUUCGAGAUGGCUGCCAGGGGCAUCUUGCAUUUGUGAAAAAAGCACCAAAGGAAGAACUAAAGCUGGAGGAUAUCCCAGUGAUAAGGGAGUUUUCAGAUGUGUUUCUUGAGGACUUACUGGGUUUGCCUCUAGAUCAUGAGGUGGAAUUCACCAUUGAGUUAACUCUAGGGAUGACGCCAAUUUCCAAGGCUCCAUACCAAAUGGCUUGA